AUGUCUUUCGGAUUUGGAGGGUUCGGCCAGAACAACCAAAGCAGCGGCUUUGGCACUGGCACUGGCUCUGCCUUCGGAGCUGGCACCAACACUGGUGGAGGAUUUGGCUCGACAGCAUCCCCGUUCGGAGGCGCCACUACUGGAACUUCAGGCGCUUUCGGUGGCGGCGCUUCCAACACAUCUACUGGCUUCGGAUCUGGUUCCGGCACUGGCGGAGCAUUCGGAACCAAUACUGCAGCCCAACAACCUAAUUCCCUUUUCGGCAGCCAAACUCGCCCCGGUGGAUUUGGCACUACCAACACUUCUAACAGCGGAUCUCUCUUCGGAGGAGGUACUCAGACUGCUGGCACCACCGGCGGCUUCGGUACUGGUGGAGGAUUCGGUUCUACCGGCACCACUGGCGGCUUUGGCGCCAAUGCCACUGCAGCCCCCACGGGUGGAAGCCUUUUCGGCGGCGCCAAGCCCACGGGCUUUGGCACAUCGGCUACUGGCACUGGCGGAUUCGGCACUAGCGGUGGCUUCGGAUCUACUGCUGCCCCCACCACAACCCCCAGCACAGGCUUUGGUGGCUCAGGUACUGCCUUCCAAGGAGCUCUACCUAACUGCGAAGGUACUGGCGGCACCCCGUUCACUCCCUGGAACGAGAAGGAUACCGGCUCAGCCAACGUCACGAACCACUAUCAAAGCAUUUGCUUUAUGCAACCCUACAAUAAAUGGUCUUUCGAGGAGCUGCGCCUAGCGGAUUACCAACAAGGUCGCCGUUUCGGCAACGGCAGUGGCCAAGCCGGUGGCUUUGGUGCUCCUGCUUUCGGCAACGCCACUACUGGUGGAUUUGGUCAGCAAAACACUACGGCUACUCCUGGUGGCUUUGGCGCUAGCACCACUCCCUUCGGAGGGGCUGCCACAACUGCCCCAACCGGCUUCGGUACAACCCAGACCGCAGGUGGAUUCGGCUCCACUGGUUCUAACCCAUUGUUCGGCGGAGCAGCCAAACCAGCAACUUCUUUAUUCGGCGGUGGAACUACUCCUGCAGCUUCAUCUGGAGGGGGGCUCUUUGGUGGUGCCACACAGACCGCUGGUGGCUUUGGAAGCAACACCGGCACUGGAACAGGAACUGGAUCGGCAUUCGGCAACACCGGCGGCGGGUCUAUGUUCGGUGCCAACAACCAGCAGCAGCAGAACAAGCCCGCAUUUGGCGCUGCCGGUACAACUGGCGGUGGCGCCUUUGGUGGUUUCGGUAAUGCCCAAACAACUACUGCCGCGAAUCCGUUCGGAGCUUCGACCGCCACAGCCUCACCCUUUGGUGGCGGAACUCAGCAGCCAGCAACAAGUGCCUUCGGUGGUUUCGGUGGUGCAGCCCAACAGAACCAAGCUCAAACUCAACCCAAGUCGAUGUUUGGCGGUGGUGGAUUUGGCGCUGGCACCCAGCAACAGGGAACUGGCACAGGUUUGCUCGGCGGCACCGCUGGCACUACUCCAGCUGCCGGAUCUUCGCUCUUUGGUGGAGCCCAGCAGCAGCCUCAGCAGGCAGGUAGCUCACUCUUCGGUGGAGCACAGCAGCAACCCCAGCAGGCAGGCAGCUCACUUUUCGGUGGCCAAAAUCAGCAGCAGCAAAAGCCCGGUGGUCUCUUCGGAUCUACCCCAGCUCCCGCCGCAGGUGGUUUCUCUGGCUUCGGUGCCUCGCAGCCCCAGCCAGCCGCUGGCGGUAGUAGCUUGUUCAACACACAGAAUCAACAGCAGCAGAAGCCCGGUGGUCUCUUCGGAUCUACCCCAGCUCCCGGCGGUAGCAUGUUUGGCGGUGGUCAAACCACCACUGGCCAAGGUGCCGGCUCUUCGCUCUUCGGUGGUCAAAGCCAGCAGCCUCAGGCGGGUGGUGGUCUAGGUGUUAGUGCUUUCGGCGCCUCAAUGCCCGGACAACAGUCUCAGCCUGCCCCUGGUAGCUUCCAAGCAUCGCUCCUUGAUGGAAACCCAUAUGGAAGCCAGUCCAUCUUCUCUGGUCUUCCUGCCCCUGGUGGAUCGGCUCCCGGUCCCCUUGCCACGCCGCUGUCUUCCAGCAUGAAGCAAAAGCAACGAACUCCAUUGCCGGUCUACAGAAUUACCCCCAACGCUGCCAAUCGUCUGAUUACCCCUCCGAAGCGUGGAUACGGUUUCUCCUACUCUACGUACGGUUCUCCCUCUGGCAACACUGGUACCCCAUCUGGUCUUGGUAGCAGCUUGUUGGGUGCUGGUGGCGGCGGUAACAGUCUCCGCGGUAGCGUCAAUGGCAGCAUUGGCCGUACCUUUAGCAAGAGUUACUCCACUAGCAACCUUCGCAAGACCUUCGACCCGGAGGCGGACAGCAUUCUUUCUCCCGGUUCCCUGCAGGCUGGCAGCGCACGUGGCGGCAGCAACCUCAAGCGUCUCACUAUCAACCGUGGUCUGAGAAACGAAAUAUUAUCGACCUCUACUCGCACUUCCCCGGCCCCUCUUCUCACCAACGGAGAAGAUGCUGCUCAGUCUGCCGACAAGCUGAAGAAAAAGGUUAGCUUCGACUCUAAUACCAACGGGCUCAACGGCGGAGACCUUGUUCGCGCUGAAGCUCAAAGUCCCGGUCCCGAACCGUCUGCUGAGGAGCUUGGCUUCCUUCGCUCUGUGCGCAAGAGCGGUAGCCUCAAUGGUUUCGAUGCCACCGGCACUUCCGAUCGUCCUGAGACGGAGUCCGUCCGCCGGGAGCUUGCUGUUGUCCCCGAAAACGCACCGCAAACAACCAACGGUGCUACCGUUAAACGCCUUACGUUCAUCCCUGGCGGUGACCCACGGCCUGGUGAGUACUGGAUGCAGCCUUCUCGUGCCGAGCUUAGCCGAUUGAGCCGCGACCAGCUCAAACAAGUCGUCGACUUCACCGUUGGACGUCAAAACUGUGGAUCUGUCACUUUCAACGGCCCCGUUGAUCUGACUACCCUUGAUCUGGACAACCUUUUCUCCAAUGUUGUGGAUAUCGGUCUUCGCAAGAUUACUGUCUACCCCGAGGAAUCCGUCAAGCCUGCCAGAGGCAAAGGACUUAACGUGCCAUCUACCCUCCGGAUUGAGAACUCCUGGCCCCGUGGUAGAGAUAAGAAGAGCAACUCCCCUGUCACUAGUGGUCCUCUGUUCGACAAACACAUUGACCGUCUGCAGAAGGUUGGCGAUACCGAGUUCGUUAACUACGAGACUGAGACUGGAACCUGGGUUUUCAAGGUGGCUCAUUUCACUACAUAUGGCCUUGACUACGAUGAAGAGGAAGGUGAGAGUCUUGACCAGAGCACCAUGAGUGCCCAGGGCCCUGAUCACCCUACCCCCAGGGCUCACUUCAACCAGUCCACGAAUUUCGAUCAGUCCACCACCUUCUCCAUUGACGAGUCCUUCGUCGGUUCUAUGACUGGAGUUGAAGAUGAUACAUUCGAUUUCAAGAAGCGCAAGCUGGUUCCUGGCUCUUUCGCUAACCAGGCCAUGCCUGUGGAGGAUGAUUAUUUUUCUGAGGGUGAAACCGAGUCUUUUUUAGAGGAAGGCUCCACGGGUUCGACUACUGAGAACGACGACGACGUCGUCACCGAGAGCCAACAGUCUGGCGAUUCGGUAGUUGGAUCAGAUGAGGCAGAUGAAAUGGAUAUGGCGGGCGCCUUUCCGACUCCUCAUCGCACCGUGGAGCGGGACGACUACCAGAGCACCAAUGGUGAUCUGGAUACCACUUAUCCUAUCUCAAAGCACUUCGACAGUCCUGCGAGGCCUCAGCUUGAUCUUAGUGGCGACUGGGCUGAGCAGCUGCAGCGCACCAUCAGUCCUCGCAAGCAGAAUCGUGACGCCUUGCGUGAAAUGCAGGCAAACGCUUUCCUUGACCGCAACCUCGUGAACGAUGAAUCUCCCACUGCCACUGCGACAUCCCCUGCGAAGAAAGGUUUCUCGAACAGCAUUGAUCUUAUGAACUCUUUGUUCCAGCAGCCGCGCAAGCAAGCUGCCCCUUCUCCGCUAAAGGCUGCUAAGGCCCCCCAAAGGGCUUUGAGGUUAGAACUCCUUUCUUAUGUUCACACUGAUUAUCAUUCCCUUUGUUUUCCCCUUGUGUCACUGCAUCAUUGGCCCUACAACAAGCAACCUAAGACCUUUGCUGGCGAUACGGCACAAAUGAGCGAAUCCGACGCCGCUUUCCAUGACUCUUUCAAACCUCGCUGGGGUCCCAUGGACUCCCUUGUCUGCGCGAAAAACGAUAUGGAGGACACAAUCUUGGGGGUGAACCAGACCUGGAAAGAAAGUUUCUCCGUUUUCAGCGAAGAGCGUGAUAUUGCAGUGAUGACUUACAACCAAUCUGGCGAGGUCAGAGAAAUGCUUGAUGUCCAGCGACUUCAGUCCUCUAUCCAGCGUGUCGACGGCACUCCUUUCGUUCGUAUGGCUAAGGUCGACCUGUCGCAGUUCCCUCUUUCGCCGUCUACCCGUUCCCAGUCGGAGGAAGAGCGCUUGGUUUGGCAGCUUCUCAACAUUCUUUUUAAUGACGAUAUUGAAGACGACAUCUCAGCGGGUGUACCGCCGCGUCUACGACAACAAUUUGCACACCGGAUCAAGAAGGACCGACUCUCACGUCUUUGGGAAGGUAUUAUUCGUGAAAAGCACUCCCAAACCUUGGAUCUGAUUCGCUCCCCUGUGGAACGCGCCGUUCAUCUGAUUUGUUCGCACCGAGUGGAGGAAGCUUGUAAGACACUGAUCGAGAGUCAAAAUCCCCAUCUGGCGACUAUUGUCGCACAGAUUGGCCGCGAUGCUACCUCCCAGGCCGACAUCGCGAACCAGAUCGAUAUUUGGCGUGAGACCAAUGUCCUCUCAGAGAUCACUGAACCCACUCGAGCCCUUUACGAACUUGUCGCUGGAAAUGCUCUCCGCAGCGAGGGCAAAUCGGGCGGUGCACUUGAAGACCGGGCCUCCAGCUUUAGCUUCACCGAACGCUUCGAUCUAGAUUGGUUCCAGGCGUUUGGUCUUCGUCUAUGGUAUUGCACCGCUGAAGAUGAGCCAAUUGAGGUGGCUGUUGCCAAGUUCCUUGAGGACUUGGCUACCGGGCAAGAAACCGCCUUCCCGCACCCGUCACACCAUGCCAGUGCACAUGCAGUCCUGCAGCCUGGCACUGAUACACUUGGCCGCGAAUCUCCUCUUUGGGUUCUACUCAGGGCCUUCUCAGUGAUUCAAGGCCGCAGCACCCAAUCCAUUCAAUUCCCAGCAUCUUUCCUUCCCGAAUCCGUCUCCGGUGAUCGUCUCUCCAACCGUCUCUCCUUCCAGCUACACCACGUUCUCGCUGCGACGGUCGGACAAAACCAGGCCAUCAAAAUCGACCAACACCUAGCCGAUCAACUCGUCUGGGACUUUGCUUCCGAACUCAGCGCAGGUGGAAAACUCGAUCAAGCACUAUUCGUCCUCUUGCACCUCUCUCAAGCCAACGACCGCAAACGCACCGUCCAAGAAACUCUCGCCCGCUUCGCUGCUCAACUCCCCGAUCCCUUCGCUGCCGACGCUUCCUCCCACCCAGCAUGGCAAUAUCUCAUUACCGAGCUUCAGCUUCCCGAGGCCUGGAUCUGGGUUGCCAAGGCCCUGCAUGCUCGCGACAUCGGCGACGCCGCCCGUGAGGUCGACUGUCUUAUUCGCGGCAAGCACUGGAACGACGCCCACGCCACAUUCUGUCGCAUCGUCGGUCCAAGCACCAUCAUCGAAGGCGAUUACCGUACCCUCGAGGCUCUUGUCUCCGGCUUCGGCGACGGGCCCGAGCGUAAAAUGCGCGGCUGGUCUUCUGGUGGCGGUGUCUACGAAGAUUUCCUCCGUUUGGUCAAUUCCACUAGCGGCCGACGUGAUCCAACUCGUCUGAACCGCUUGGUCAAUGCUCUUGUUACAAUGGGUGAUCGGGUCCAGGGAUCUAGUCUGGAAGGACUGGAGGAACGUGUUGCAUUCAAGGAGAUGAGCCGGGCUGUCGCCGGCUGGAUUACGCACGAGGAUGUUCAUUCUGUUGAAUCCUCUGCUGUCCUAGGCCUGCCCUUGACAGGCGAUGCUCGUGUGUUGCAGACCGCAGAGAUGAGCCGUCGGUACUACGGUGUCAUCAUGGCGGGUGGCUACUAA